AUGGCUGGGCCGACCGAGUUCGACUGGCAGGCGCUGAAGAGGGUUGCUCGUUAUCUGGCAGGCAGACCGAGAGCUUCGAUCCGGUACCGCAUGCAGGCGCCGGUGAACAAGAUCGAGGUGUACGUGGACAGCGACUUCGCAGGAGAUCCCAUCACCAGGAAGUCAACGACAGGACUGGUGGCCAUGGUGGGAUCGCACCUGAUCAAGGGCAGCAGUACACUGCAGAGCCUCACCUCCCUGAGCGUCGGCGAGGCGGAGUUCUACGCGGUAGUCAAGGGAGGUGCGGUUGCGUUGAUGUUGAAGGCCAUCUACGAGGACUUCGGCGACCACAUGGAGGCUCUGGUGCUAAGUGACAGCACCACCGCGGGGAGCCUGGCAGAUCGUCUGGGAGUUAGGCAAAGGACCAAGCACAUCCAGGCGAGGUUCCUUUGGGUCCAAGAGCGGGUUCAAGACCGGGACCUGAAGGUGCAGAAGGUUCACACUUCGAGGAACUUGGCGGACUUGGCGACCAAGCCGAGUGCAGAGUAG